CCACUUGACAUUAAGCAAAAUGCAAUUUAUUUGAAAACUGGAGUUAAACUACAAACAAAGAAAGAGGAAUUUAAAAUAACUCAACUAUUGGAAAACUUAACAAAAUAAUAGGUCCAGUACAUAUUGCUAAUUAAUUGUUCCAAGAUAGUAACACCCCACAAACAAACCCCUUGGCAAAAAGGUAAAUUCAGACACAGAUUCUUACAGGCAAUUCUUCAGUCCAGGAGGAAACAACAUCAAGAGAGAUUUCAGAGAAAGUAGCAGCUGGGAAUCAUUUACUGAAGCCCCAACUCUUCUGGGACCGCAAACACCUUCUGACUGCUCCGGCUAAAAGAAACUAGAAAGCUUGAUGUAUGAGAGCUGGCCACUCUCCUUUCAUUGUUACAACUAUAUUUUUAAAAAACCUGAACGCUUCCACUGAUUGUUGACUUAGGUUCUCUCCAGUGGCCACUUCUGCACCUCUGUCUUUACAACUUCUCUUAAAAAUAAAACCAAGACAAAAUAAUCUUUUUAAAAUGUAGCAUCAUUACAAUGGUAUUUGAGCAGUGGACACAGAAUAUGAAUUCCAGAUUCUUGCUCAAAGAACCAAAGAAAACGAUUAGAAUUGUUGGGAGGAGACGUUAUCCCUGAAUUAGAUUACUGGCUGUCUUCUCACAGCAUGAAGGGUAGACAUUUUUUGCCAGUUUAUUAUCGGGAUACUGGGACAGGAUAGGAGCAGAGGUCUAGAUUCAACAGAAUCGACAGUGACUGGUUUCCUACACAGUGUUUAAUACUGGCAAUUAUAUGGACGGGAUUUAGUCAUGGAACAAUACUGUUAAGUUACUCUGGAUGUGUUCAUCCUUCGUUUUAAGAGCAAAAUAAAUGACAAUAGACUUUACUUGUCUGUUCAAUAAUUCGCCAUCGAAAUUUCUAAUUGUUUGACUGCCUCUCAAUCCCUCGUGCACACGUUUCGACUCCUAGGGCUGUUUGCUGCUGUUUUGGUUAAUUGCAGGACGGGGCUUCCAGACAGAAUUGUACCGAGCCCCCAAAACGGAGAGAGGAGGCGAUUGAACGAAUGGAAUGCUAGUGGAAGCCGUAAUAUGAACACAGUGAGAACUGAAACCAAGCAGCCAGGAGCUGGCUGUGAAGGCUGGUCAGCUGCAGAGUGCUGAACGCAGUUUAACUGGACCCUCUUGGAAAUUAGAUCAAGAAAUGAUUCAGACCGAAGGUGGCGAUGCAGCUACAAUGCGCAUUCAAAGCCGUCACUUGUUGUUUAAUCGUAGAUCAUACUUCACCAGGACUGAACGUUUCGCCGACUUAGAGGAUUAAGGCAGUCAUUGGAGAGAUUCCUCUCUUGGCUCCCUUUCUGGAGAAUGUUGGGGCGAGCAAGUCGGUGAGGGAUGAAGGGUGGUCCUCCUUUCGCUCCUGCCCUCCCCGGAGCACUGACGUCUCCUGUGCAAUUGGGUUUUAAAGAGACCAGCCUUCUGCUAUUUCCCGGUGUCUGUCUGUCAGGCUGCCAGAGUCAACACGUGUGUGUUGGAGCCCGAGGUUUCACGCCUUCUCUCUCACGCACACACACAUACACUCCCCGACUCCAGAGCAAGAAAUGGCUCUGCAGAGUUUUUUCUCAGGGACCCGACCAGAAAGCUAUUAGCUAAAAGCGGCCGAGAAGCGGAGGAGGGUGGGGGAGAGACUGUCCCCCUGUGACAUGCAGUGAGCUUCUGCAGUGAGCAAGAUCUGACGGAAGAGACGGUGACUUGCAGUGCUCUCUCACCAUGGAGCUGAAUGUGUGGCAAGGGAAUGACUCUGAGCCAGGGAACCAGACCGAGGAACUCGACACUAAAUUCCUGCAGCCCAAGUGGCAGAUUGCUCUGUGGGCGCUCGCCUACUCCAUUAUCGUGGUGGUGGGAGUCUGCGGGAACCUGGUGGUCAUGUGGAUUAUUCUGGCCCACAAGAGGAUGCGGACAGUGACCAACUACUUCUUGGUCAACCUGGCUUUCACCGAGUGCUCGGUGGCUGCUUUCAAUGCUGUCAUCAACUUUGUCUACGGCAUCCACAACGAAUGGUACUUCGGCCUCGGCUACUGUCGUUUCCACAACUUCUUCCCCAUCACUGCCAUGUUCGCCAGCAUCUAUUCAAUGACUGCUAUCGCCCUGGACAGGUACAUGGCAAUCAUUCAUCCGUUGAAACCAAGAUUAUCAGCAACAGCCACUAAGGUCGUGAUUGGGGCUAUCUGGGUGGUGGCGUUGUCGCUGGCCUUUCCGCAGUGCUAUUACUCCACAACUGUGCAGUUCCCAGGCAGAGUGGUAUGUUACGUGGAGUGGCCUGAGAAUGCAGAGAAUAGCACAAGCCAUGAAACGACGUAUCAUGUCUGUGUAACAGCCCUUGUCUACUUCCUGCCUCUGAUGGUGAUGGGCUAUGCUUAUACCAUUGUUGGUAGGACAUUGUGGGCAAGUGAGAUUCCAGGAGAUUCCUCGGACAGAUACAGGGAGCAGAUGAAUGCUAAAAGAAAGGUGGUGAAGAUGAUGAUCAUCGUGGUGACCACAUUCGCUGUGUGCUGGCUUCCCUAUCACAUUUACUUCUUGCUCUACCUCUUCCAUCCAGAAAUUUACCAGAAGAGGUACAUCCAGCAAGUGUACCUGGCCAUCAUUUGGCUUGCGAUGAGCUCCACAAUGUAUAACCCGAUCAUCUACUGCUGUCUCAAUGAGCGGUUCCGAGCUGGAUUCCGACAUGUUUUCCGCUGGUGUCCAUUUGUGAAAAACAAAGAUUACGAGGGGCUGGAGAUGAAAUCAACCAAGUACUUCCAGACCCAGGGCAGCAUGUACAAGGUCAGCAGGAUGGAGACCACCGUAUCCACAGUCAUCAACCAAAAUGAGGAUGAUAUCGAUGAUAAUAUCAAGGCAACGCAUUUGUCGCUGGACUUGAACUCCAAUGGCUCUUCACGUAGCAUCUCAAAGGCUGGCUCUGAGUCCUCCACUCUCUCCUGCAGACCAGAUCCCUACUAAAUAGUCUGUCAGCUUUGUGCCAAUCCAUAGCCCCACGUGAGCGAACUUUUCUAAACAGAUGACAGUCAAAUUCAGAUACUAGAAGGUCACCAUCUGCUCAAUGGAUUAUAAUACACUUCAGCCUGGCAGUCCAUCAAAGUUAGGAACUGGGAACCCACAUCAAACUGGAAGCAGGAAAUUGGGUUGCUGAGACUCAUUGGGCUGAAUGGCAUACUUCUGUUCCUAUGUCCUAUGGUCAUAUCAUGUCAGUCCUCACAUAUUCUCCCCUCAACAAUUCCCUUGAAAAAUUUUCAUCCAGCAGUGUUGGGAAACUUGUCUAGAAAAUAGUGCCAGCUGCCCAGUCCCUAACACUGCUCCCACUCAGCAUCCUAAAGUGGUAAAAUUGUAAAACUCUCAAUCCCCAAGCUGUAGGUGUGUCCUGCUUUUCCCCUGACCAUCAAACAAAUGUAAUAUGCCUGUUCCCUCAGGACCCUUUACACAGCACUGCAUAAAUCUUAUGUCUCUCCUUUCUAAAAUGAUCUUCAAAUUACACAAACUGGUCUGUUGGGUCAUAAGAAAACACAAAGAGCUUCUUCCAACAGCUGCUUAAGUUCAUUGCUGUAGGUAAAUGGGGUAACUAGAUCAUUGCAAUCCAGAAUACAAAGUUCUAACACUGCAAACUGAUAAAAUACAACCAUCAAAUUUAUAACCCUUUUGCUUUCCCAUGGUAACCAAUAUUGAACUUCUGAAGCUGCUUCAUCAGAUAAAUACAGGACCAGUUUAAUGAUCACAUGGCAUGUGGUCGAGGAGGUACACAGGAUGUGGGAUGUGGAGAAUGUGAGAUUUAGGGAACAUGAGAUUCAUGCAUUGUGUAACAUGAAAUAAUGUGGAGACCAGAGGAAUCUGAGACACCGGGGAAUGAGAAUUAAAUGGAAUGUGAGAUAAGAGGAAUGCAAGAAAAGUGGGAUAUAUGAUAAGAGGGAUGUGAGCAAUGGGGGAAUUGGAGGUCAGCAGGAUGUGAAACAUUUGAAACUCUGUUGAAUGGGAUACAAGAGGACUGUGAAAUAAGGAGGAUGUGAGAGAAGCAGAUAAGUGAAACGUGCAGAUUAACAGGAAUCGGAGGUAAGGGAUAUGUGUAACAUGAUGUAAUUCUACCUGAGCUUUCUUUAUAUUCUAAAUUGUCCAGAUAAUGGAAAAUUGAAAGUCGAAAGCCCUCAAUUAAUCUAGUCUCUUGCUAGAAACUGAGAAAACAGAUGGAACUGAUAUCCCAAUACCUGGUAUCAGCAUCUCUGAUCAAUGAAAGAUCUCACAAACCUAUACUGUCUGGGGACCUGAAACAAUUGUUUGUCAUAAUCUAACACCUUUAUUGUAAAAUAACAAAUCGAAGUAGUCUAGGCUUGGUGAGUAUGGGGGCAUCAGAAAUAUGGCUGGCAUACGCCUCAAAGAAAAUGUUGGAUGGAGCUACCCAAGUUUUGCAAUAGUGAGAGGUUUUCAAGGAUGGCAUUUGGAGAGAUGGGUGGAGGGCAGUCAGUAGAUAAAGGGAAUUCAGGAGAUUUGAAGAUUUUCAAUCAUAAGCAAAGACAACCAAUGGUCGCUUUUCUAUCAUAGAAAUUAAAAAUACAUCAAUGUUAUGGCAUUGUCAGAACAUUCAGAGAGAUGCAUGUCACAGACUGGUAGGUAGAAGUGAACUUCCAUCAUGCCUGAAAGAACUUUACAGAAAGUAUCCUGAAUCCAAUGAGGACAACAGACUGAAUUUAAUUCCUGUAGCUUAAUUCAGCUAAUGCCAUAGACCUAACAGCUUGGCUUUACUCUACAAAAAUCUCCUGCUAAUGUGCAUUGGAAACUCUUACCAAUUUGUUUUCCUGUGAAUGAUAACACUGGACCACAAUUCUUUGUGUUACUCUGUCCCUUUACAAGGUACACUAUAGAAUAGCUCCAGCAAAAGACUUGCACUUGGGCUUGCUUUUUUUCACUUUUACACAUUGUGCCAUAAGAGAUAAACUCUGAAUAGGUGGGAUUCCAAUUGAUCUGUGUAGGAACAGUAACUGUGAAAGGAUAUGACUGCCCAUGGUGUAGAAUACUGCAGCAAUGCUACAUUAAUGCUCCUAAUUCAGGUGACAUAUGAACGAGUGUAGGUCAGAACUCCAAAACCAUGUACCAAGGUUGAUUCUACCAUCCUUCACUGUGGAUCUUGCUGAUGUCCUCCUCAGUUUCUUACUGGUGCAUCAUUUUUCAGUCUCUCCAGUGACACAGAGCUCACAUCCUAAAUCCUGCUGUUCUCUCAUAGUGACACCAGACACAUGUAAUUCAGCAGCGUAAUUCUCACAACCAGUGUCACUCUCAAGACUUCGACUUUUACUCGUUCCCUCAGGAUGUGGGUCAGAAUUUAUUCCCAUUACACUUGAGAAGAUGAUGAUGAGUGUUUUUUCUUGAAACAAAUGUAAAAGUGCUCCCAUGGUGGUUUAGGCAUGGAUAUCCAGUUCUUUGACUCAAUGACAAUGUGGGAAGUGAUUGUCCCAUGCUGGGCAGGAUUAAAGUGUGCAUUAGCUUGUUCAUGAUCGCAGAAGGGAUUUAUUUCUAACUAUGUACCAUGCUGUGGUCAUGAAAAUGACUUGAUGUCAAAGAAAACAAUUGGAAAUCUCUAUGUCACGGCAACUGAAGUUACAGAACCCUUGUUAGAGAUAAUGACCUUUUGAAUAUUCCUGAGGUAUUUUGUCUUGAAAGAGCUUUCAACAAAAUGUUUUCUGGCAAAUAUUUUAAAAAGGUCUUACACUGUUCAUCUGUUCCUUCGGAUUUGCAACUGGUUGUCUGUAGAUUUUUAAUUGUACAAUAUUUUGGGACAUAGUGCAAGAGAGUCAGACUUUUCAAUCCAAGGGUUUCUUCAAAGAGUUAACAAAUAGGCAGAAUGGUCUCUUCCAGUAUCCUGAAUUUCGGAAGGUUUCUUUGUUUUAGAUCUCCGACAUUCAGCAUCUCAAAGCUCAAAGUGAAAUUGAUAAGAAAACUGACUAUGUGGAUUUGGUUCAGUUCAGUAAAUUACAGAAUUCACUAAAUGUUUCUUCCCAUCACAGCUUUAUAGUGGAGAAAAUGAUCGUCUGAGAUCAUUGUCUAGCAGGCACUUCGUUGUCACGAUAGUAAUGCUGUAUUGCCCUCUUGUGGUGAAAGCGAAACUGGCCUUUUUUUUGCAAUUUAACAAGUCUCAUCGCAGAUUAAAAUUUUCAUAAUGUUGCUCCCCAUUGAGUACCUUACCCAGGUUAUUUUAUUAAGAAUCUAUGUUAUCUGGUGAAAGAAUGUCAACUAUCUGCUUCCAAAGGCUUUUAAAAUUUGGACAUUUUCAAACCAUGUAGUGGCAAGAACAUGACAAAUAUGGAAAAACGAGUAAUGUUUCAAGUUGAGAGGAAAACAGAAAUCAAGAGUAUUUCAUAAAUAGUGAGAGUUUAGCGAUGAAGUGACUCGAGUGUCCUUGUUCAUAAGUCAGUGAAAGUGAACUUGCAGGUCCAGUAAGCCAUGAGGAAGGUGAAUGGUAUCUCCAAACUCAUUGUGUGCUGUAGGGAUUGUCUUCUGAGAAAUGAUUGCGAAGACUGCAAAUGUAUUCCCUCGAGUUUGGAAGAAUUGAGAGAUGAUCCCACUGAAACAUUCAAAAUGCUUACUGGGCUAGAGAUGGUAGACAGAGGUUUCAUGUGUUCCAUGGUCUGGUUUGGGGACUGCAUGGAGAACCAAGGCACACCGUCUCAGAAUAUUUAGGACAGAGAAAUUUCUUCAUUCAGAGAGUGGUGAAUAUUUAGAAUUCUUUUCACCAGAGAUCGAUUAAGCAAAUUCAAAACUGGCUUGAAUAGAUUUCUCGAUAUUAAAAGCAUCAAAGGGCACAGAGAUAGUGCACGAAGAGAUUGCCGAGUCAGAAAAUCAGUAGAUGAUGGAGUUAAACUCAGGGAACGACACAAAGCGCUGCUGAGACACAAUCGACGACUUGAGACACUUGGUAAAUCUGCACAGCAGAUUGGGACGAAAUUCAAAUACCACCCCUUUGUUCCAAAACUUGGUUUGUGUAGGAGCAGUCUCUGACACCAUAUCUUUCUUUUAGAACUGUCUGUGCUGUGAGCGUGUUGUCUGUUCAGUCGUCAGGUUGUACAAAAUCACAUUCCAGGACCAACAAAAAAAAAGCAGCCCUUACAUUUCCACACCAAUCGAUGAUAAACUAAACCAAAACAAGCUGAAAUAGUCCUUAGUUGUCACUAAGCGUUUAACUGUGAGCUGAGGCAACUCGCUGGCUUUCCAAAUCUAAGACUUUGAGGAAAUGUGCAAGUCUAACCUGUGGAAAAGGCCAUGGAGCUCAUAUUAUCCACCACUGGGAAAUUUCUGUUGCAGUCCAUUUUAAGAACAAACCAUGCAGACCAGGAACUGGAUUUAUUUCAGGGAGUCUCAGUAGUUCACUGUAAUUAAAUAUUAAAUGUCUUGCUUCAGGAGGAGUCGCUAACAAGGGGGUGGGGGGGGGCGAAGUCAAGGCAAAAACGUUAUUAUUAUUAAACGUGGUAUAAGGGUUGAAUUCAUGGAUAUUGCCAGUGUGAAUUGAGGCACUUCCUUUACUAAUAAGAAUACGCUGUCUCCUUUCGAAAAUGUAGAUUUUAGAUUAGCAUGAAGUGAAUUCUGACGAAUGUUUCAUUGCCCUCCAACACAGAAGGCAAUAAAGCGACUGGCUGACCUUUGAAAGUGAUAGAAACAAUUGCACUUAGUUGACCAGAAAUUAUGGAUGUGAAUUAUUGUAAAUGACACACCAGGAGUUUAAAAAAAUCAGGCAAGAGGAUUUAUUGAAAACAAUUGUUUAUUUAAUAUGCCUCACUCACUCUGAUGUGAUUGGUUCAGAACUGAAAGGUCAAAGAACUUAUUUUACAUUGCCGGACUUGCACUGAUGUUCUGAGAAGGCUGCGUCCAAAGACUGAAUACUGGGUUCUCGGGUUGCUAUGGAUAUGAAAUUCCAAUCUACUUCCAGCAACUGUCAGGCUUUUCGUUCUGUUACCUAGCAACCACAUAGCCAUUCAUUAACAACAAUCACAAAGCCAAAGGAAGAAAAUCAAGGAGAGUUCCUUCAUUCACAAGUGGAAAGGCUUUAAAUGUCUGAAAUGUUCAAUGGAAUCUGCCAUCUCUGAAACGGAGUGUGGUGCAGAGGAUAUUUUUUGCCAUAAACAAUCUAUUGUGUGCUUUGUAUAUUGACGUCUGUGAUAAAAGGCUGUUACUCAAUCAUGGUCAAUCUAUAAAACAAGAUUAAGAUGAAAUAAA